UUUAAAACGUUAACUCUAAUGUUACCCAUCGAUGCUGCUGUUAUUUAACAACAUAACUCAUUUCCCGCGUUCGGGAAUUAUUUCCAAGUCAAAUGGCGCUCGAAAACAAGUGGACGGCUCGCCUCGCCGCUUGCUAGCUUGUGCUAUUUGGUAGCAACGAGCUAGGCUAGUUAGCGUGUGACAAUCGCAUGUUGUCAAACGUCGACGUUAGGGUUCGGACGUCAUUAUGUGCGCGUGGGGAUGACGACGAUGAUGAUGACGAUCACGGCGUGUCCGCUAGUUAUGACGGCUAGCCGCUGAGCUCGGCGCUAACUCGCUCGAUCGAAGGAAGCCGACACAUGGCGGCAGGCCGGCUGACCGGCAACCUCGCGUCACCUCGCCGCCUCCGCUCGGCUCGAGUCGCCGCAGUCCUCCGGGCGGAGGCUGCCCGGCGAGCGGGGAUGCAGAGCGCCGUCGAACCGCCGUGUGUCCCCGGUUGCCAAAUGAUUAUUCAAGGCAAUCUUGACAUUCACAUCUGACAUGCUUUGUUCCUAUUUGCAAUGUUUGAAAUCAGAUUAGGGCAGAACGGUGUGCAGGUGGUUGGCACUUCUGGCUCAUAGUGCUGAAGUUUGGGGUUCGAAUCUGGGCUCCGGUCUUCCUGUGUGGAGUUUGUCUUCCUCCCACAUCCUAAACACACGUUAGAUUAAUUGCAGCCUAAAUUGUCCACAGUUGUGAAAGCUUAUUUGCCUUUACAGUAUGCGCCCUCCCAUUGACUGGCGACCAGUCCACGGUGUCCCCCCGCCUCUCGCCCAAAGUCAGAUGGCAUAGACUCCAGCUCACCCUAAUGGGGACUAACAAGCGAUAUAGAUAACAAAUAGAUGAAUUGUGAAUUUGCAUAACUUCAGAACUCGUGGUUGUGUCAUUUGGGAUGUUUGUAGAUCCACUUUGAGGGUUGUGCUGUGGUCAAAUGGUGCUCCCGAGCGCCGCUUAGUCGGUCCACAUGUUGGAGGAGCAGCACCAUCGCCCUGGCGGCGAGGAGGGCGACGCGGACGCGGCCGAUGGCGACACCGAGCCCAGCAUGCUGCUGCAGAAGCUCAAGACCAACAUCUCGAAGAGUGUUCAGACCAAAGUGGACCAGAUCCUGCAAGAUGUUCAACGCUUCUCCGACAACGACAAGCUGUACCUGUACCUCCAGCUGCCCUCGGGCCUCGGGGGCGGCGACAAAAGGUCUGACUCAGCCCCGCCUCCUGCCCGCAUACCCCAAAAUGUGUACCUUGAACUCUGUGUGUGUGUGUGUGUGUGUAGUGGCGGAGGUGACGGUUUGUUCAACACGUCGGAACAGCUUCACACGUGCAAUUGGAUCCGGAGUCACUUGGAGGAGCACUCGGACACGUGUCUGCCCAAGCAGGAUGUCUACGAAACCUACAAGCGCUACUGUGAGAACCUGGAGCAUCGUCCGCUGAGCGCCGCCAACUUUGGGAAAAUCAUCCGAGACAUUUUCCCCAACAUUAAAGCCCGACGGCUCGGAGGAAGAGGACAGUCCAAGUACUGCUACAGCGGAAUCCGGAGGAAGACCGUCCUCAACAUCCCGCUGCUGCCCAACCUCGACCUCAAGAACGACCCCGCGGAGUUGACGGAGUUGGUGCAGACGUACAAGCAGGAAGUGACGGAGGCGGCCUGCAAGCUGAUCUGCGAUUGGGCGCAAAAGAUCCUGAAGCAUUCGUUCGACACGGUGGUGGAGAUCGCUCGCUACCUGAUCCAGGAACACAUCGUCAACCCGCGAUGCAGCCAAGCCGAGGUGCUGGCGUCGGCGGCACUAGCAGGAGGUCACGCCAAGCCACACAAGGUCAUCAAGAAAACCCCGCUGGCAUCCAAAUGCGAGGGCGACACCCCCACAGACCUCAAGUUUCCUCAGAGGGACUGCGGAGACCCGGCCUCCACGACCACUUUGAAGAUGUCCGCCGCGGACAAGAACAUGCCCUCCACCAAAUCGCUGUCGCUGGAGGCUCCGCCCUCUCCCGCUGUCACCUCUCUGCGGCCUGCGGUGGAGGCGUACAUGAAGCAGCUUCCCAGAAUCCUCCCUCGCAGCUCCCUCCCGGAAAAGACGCCGCUGUCGGUGCGCUCGUCGCCGCCUUCCCUGGCGCCCAAAGACGCUUCCGGUGCGGGCGCGGCCUCUGGGACCGGCGGCCCGGCGGCGGCGGCAGCGAGCGGCGGCGGCGUGAAGGUGAUCGCCAUGGCGACGCUGCCCCAGCAGCAGGGCGGGCCGCUACCCCUCAUGAUCGUCCCACAGGGGUGUUUGUCCUACGAACGGGAGAAAGUGACGCCGCCGGCGUCGGUUCUCCAGAAAGUUCGAGAGGGCAAACGCCCCCUAGAGGCCACGGUGGGGACUUUGUCGGGCGGUAUGGCGACUCCUCCGGUCAAACGAAAACGCGGAAGACCGAGGAAACCUCGCCCGGACGACUCGUUGCCUCCGCCCGCCCUGCCCACUCAGCCGCCGCCCCACGGCCCCAUCAUCACCUCGGUGACGGGUGGCGUCAUCCAGAAGGCGUCUUCGUCUGCCUCGCAGUCGGUGCUGGAGCUGGUGAUCCAGGAGCCGCCGGGCCUGCUUCUGAGCGCUCUCCCCACGGCGCCGGACGCCGCCCAGCGCGGCCAGCCAGGCAGCGGCGGCGUCGUGGUGCAGUGCCAGCCGGGUGGUGGCGGCCCUCCCGAGCCCGAACGCCACGCCCGCCCGGUGCUGCUCUUCCAGAGUGCCGGGAACGCCGGGUGGGAGCUGGCGCCGUCGGGUCGCACGCCCAUGGUGGAGGUCAUCCAGAAGGCGCCCAGACCCAACAACAACAACAACAAAAACAACAACAAUCCUCCUCUUGCAGCUCCCAGAUUGCAACGCGAGUCCGGCGAAGUGGAAAUCAUGCUGAUGCCGAUGGACGUCAACCCACCACCUUCUUCCUCUUCUUCUUCUUCUGUUGUCAGAAAGGAGGAGGAGCCAGCGGACAGCCCCUAAAGGCCGCCUCCCCUUUUACCUCAAAAGCCCCGCCCCCUCAUCCUUCUCAUGGGUGGAAAUCCCAGAUUGGCGACAUCAGCCACCAGUCAGGACGAUGAAUGACGCCUAACCAUGAACCUGAGCUCCCAUUGCACUAAACGCUGUAUACUGUGGCUCCGUCCGUCCGUUCGUAGGCCCCACCCCCCCCCCCCAACUGCCCCUCCGGACCACCCACGGAUCCAAACAGGAAGUAGUAUUCAGUCCGGAGGGCACCAACAAGAAGCUGACUUACUACGGGUCAGAACCCGCUUGGGGUUUUUUGCGCUGACCUCUCCUCGUUCGUGUGCUUUUUUGCUCCUCCUACUGUUCUGCUCCGCACACCUGCGUCUGUGUGUGUGUGUGUGUGUGUGUGUGCAUGUGACGGUUUGUGUGUGAGUUUGUGUUUUAGUGUGUUUGGGUGUGUCUACGUGUGAGCACCUAUGUACACGUGUGUGUGAGGUUUAUUCAUACACGUGUUUAUGUGAGUGCGCGUCCUGACGCUCUUGUCAUUCAAAGGGAUUGGUCACUUGACCCACUGACGUCCCGUCUGAUUGGUCUCUAAUCGCCGGCAUCUGGCUGAAGCGAUGACAUCAUCAGCGGGCGUGUCCUCCACGAUGACGUCAUCGCCCAGCACGACGAGCACAACGUUGGGCAAAUGUUCACAUGCAGUAAAAUAUGUUGUUAGCGUGUUCACUCACGUUUGUUUGCACUAACGCCACAGCAGUAACGUUAUGACGGGAGGUGGUGUCACGUUUCCCCGGAAACGGUGGGGAUGUGUCACACAGGAAGUGGACGUGUUCAGGUUCUUCAGUGUUUGUAGGAAGACGAGCUUGUAAAAGUGGGAAGAAAUUUCCAGACAGCAAAGAUCGGGACUCGGGUAACGCGUGCGCGUGUCUUCGGGACUUUGGAAGUUUCUGAAUCGAUCACGCACACGCGGUUUGCACUUUGACACAGGAAGUAGAAGGAGGAGGCAGGAAGUGAUGUCACGUGUUUGUGUGAUGAUAUUUUUCACUGUUGUAGUUUUUGUUUUCGUGUGUGUGACGCCAUCCUGAUGCGAGGCUGAGGCAUUGUGGGUAAUGUCGUCCCGUGAGCACCUGCGAGAAUCAGUUUUCUCGAUCGUUCUUUUGUGUGUUUCUCUGACAACCUGUCCCGCAUGGUUUUCCUGUGUUUUUUUUUUUUUAAAUGUUUUGUAUUUGUGUUGUGUCUUGUUUGCACUUUAUACUUCUUAUUCUUGAUUCUCAACGUGUUCUUGAAAUGUCUCGUUGACGGUUGUCGAUCCAACUGUUAAAAAAAAGAAGAAAGCAAAAAGCCAAUAAUCAGUGAAAUGCACCUUUGCUUCUCUUGUCUGUUUAGUUUGUUGUGAAGAGAAAGUGGAAGUGAGGGGAGACUCGCCCGCUGAUGUGAUGGAUCCAUUUUCAUGUUUACAACAUGAAUCUGGGUUGUAUUUUUUAUUUUAUUUAUUUUUUUUACAUCCCUCCAUCCAUUUUCUGUUGCAACUCUUUUGAUUAGGGUGACGUGGAAACUUGAUUUUGGGCAAGAACUGGUCUCCACUCUGGACUGGUCGCCAGCCAGUGUCGCGGCAUGUGUAGACAAUUAACAUGGGACACAUGGACCAUUCACACAGGAAGGCCACAGGUCAGACUCAAACCCCGAACCUAAGAAAUGUAUGCCAGACAUUCGUCCACUGUGUUCCUUUUUUUUUUUUUUUUUUUUUUUAAAGAAAAGAAACAAAAGGGAAAAAAGAAUGACAAAAUCAGUACGUCUUCGUGAGGGUGGUGUUCCGAGUUUUUGUUUCGGUCCAAGCGGAAGAAAAAACAAAACGCACAAAAAAAAUCCGCAGCGUCAACAAGAAACACAAUUAGCCAGUGAAAACCUUGGAGUGCUCUUUCAAAAUAAAAGAAUAGGUUGCUGAAACCAUGA